CUGUAACCGUCAGAGGAGGAGCCAUGGUUGGCUGAGAAGUGGGUUAUGCCAAGGCGUGAGACUGAUUAUGAUUUGUUACAGAAAUUGCUUCCGAUGACCUGGAGGAUGAGUUGAUCUUGGAUGAAUCAUUAAAUCCCCUUGAACGGCUGUAUAUGCUUAAUAAGACUGACAUUCUGAUCCACAGACUUUUGGUCGCCAAAGAAUUACCCACCAUCAUUCGUGAUAUUGACGUGGAAGAAGCUGUAAAAUAUGUAUUACCCAUGGUACUCAAAAUAGCCACCGAUCGCGAUGAUACUGUGAGAGAAACUUUUAUCAGUGAAUUGGACAAAAUCAUCAUGUAUUACUACGAGAAUGCUCCUCCAGUGGUUGAUCAGAUGAAACCCAGUACUGCGACGACGAUCCCAAAAAAUGAAAAGUUAACCAAUGGACUCACAGCAUUGCAAGAACAUGGCGAUCUGGAAACUAUUUCUGUUCCUGCACCUACUGUCGAUACACCCUCUAACUCUACGACUACGACAACCGGUUCUUUGACCACCGAAAAAGAUCAUAAUGCAGUCACCCAUGCGACCUCCCAGUCUCCUCCCAAUAACGAUCGAUCCAUGUCUUCUCCAUCCCAAGACCAUUCAGUAGUAGAGGCACCGUCCUCGUCGAAACCCCCGAAUAAUGCAAGUGAAUCCAACGAUCCAAGCAGCAGAAACGAUUCACAGACCGACAAAUCAUCGCCGUGGCAGGAUGAAAAUGGCUGGCAUAUACCCACACAUGUGUUUGCACCGCUCUUGAUCGGACUGUUAUUAGAUCAGAAUUCGGAAUUAGCUACAUUGGGACAGCAGUGUAUCAUACUUGUCACCUCCCAGUUGGCGGAUGCAGGACCUGAAAAUCCAUUGUAUCAAAAACUGAUCGAUAUAGAGAUUUACGAAGGCAUCAUCAUGGGUCUAGUAUCGAUCGUGGAUGGCAAGCACCCAGGAUCUCCCGAAGACGGAGACGAUGACGCCAACAAUGCCGCGAAUACAUCGGCUUUGUCUCCCCAUCUAGAAGAACCUUCCAAUGCUAAUCGUCGUCGGUCAUCCACGCCUGGAUUUGAAGGUUACAUCAACCAAUCUUCCUCGACAGAUGAAAUCGAUCAAGGCGAAAUUAAUUUUGCAAAAAUGAUGUGCUUAUUGUUGAUAUCGUCGCUGGCACGUCUCUUGGGUCGUGAGCGAUGCACCAAAUUAUGUCUUCCGAUUGUUCAACGGACAGCGGAGGAUCCCGUGUUUUACGUACGAAAGGAAGCCGCCUCUGCGAUAGGUAGCCUGGCCACCGUAGUGAGUCCCGAGGUGGUGACUGAUCAAUUGCUUCCUUUGUACCUCAACUUUAUCCGAGAUACCAUAUGGCACGUACGUAAAUCGUGCGUUUCCGCCUUGCCGUCACUGUGUUCUGUCCUUCCCGAAGAUCUGCGGAGUCAAGUGGCGGUGGAAGGCGUAGACAUUUUUAAGAACGAUGUGUCCAGAAAUGUGCGUAACGCAUUGACCGAAAUUAUCGGUAAACUCAUCGCCACCUUUUUGCCCCCGGAUUGGGAGACGACACGCCAUUGCGGGAAAGUUCCUGAUCCGUUGCUCGAAUUCUUUCUCUCUUUGGGCACCAAUGUGGGCACCAAUCAAAUGUUUAAAUUGGAUACGGAUAAAGCCAUCAUCUGCGCUUACAAUUUCCCGGCUGUCGUGCUGACGGCGGGAGCCGAUUACUGGGAUUCCCAUUUGAAGGACACUUAUCUCAGUUUGACCAAGGAUUAUCAGAUCAAAGUGCGACGGACGUUUGCCUACUCUCUUCACGAAAUCGCCGAUGUGAUUGGUCCGGAACGCACUGAACGGGAUCUUGUACAAAUAUUUGCUCUUUAUCUCAUGGAUUUGGACGACGUCAAGCAAGGUGUCCUGGAGCAUCUGGCCGAGUUCCUCAGUAAACUGGCCGUAAGUUCGCGUAACGAAUAUAUUCCCAUUCUUGCCGAAGUGUGGGAUGGCGUGAUGACCAAUUGGCGGUUGCGUGAGAUCCUGGCAGGCCAGCUUCGAGACAUUGCCAUGCUGUUUGAUGCGGCGCGUGUCGUGGAGCAUAUUCUGCCUCUGACUAUUCGUGCUUGUCAUGACGAAUUUGCGGCUGUUCGUGAAACGGGCAUGGAAACAUUCCCCGUCAUCUUGGAUAUUGUGAAACGCGCCGUCGAUGAAGAUGGUGAAACCUUGUCACAAGUCGAAGAAGAUGGAGAAGAUAUCAUGGAAAGCAAGCGUAACUUUGCUCUGGCAUUACUAAGUCAUGUGAUGGAGAAACUGGAUCAAUUUGUCCAUGCCGAUAUGUACCGCGGUCGUCUCAUUUUUGCUCAAUUAUGUCGGACACUUUUGGAAGCAGGGAUCAGUGUGGGCGAUUUUGCAUCGUUUUUCCUGACACGAUUGGUGCAUCUUGCCACAGAUCCUGUAGUGAACGUACGCAUUGCGACUUCAAGAACGAUGCGGGCGAUCUAUUUAAAUGAUGUCUAUUUACGAGAAUUGUACGAAUUAUCGGUAGCAGAUCUGGCUACGGAUGAGGAAAUACCGGCCGGUUUCGUCCUGGAUCAAGCAUUGUACAUGUUGGCUUUGGAUGACGAUGACGAUGUCAGAGAACAUGUGAUAGAUCUAGUGGAUCCUCAACGUUUGCAGCAAGAAAAAGAGUUAUUGCGAGGAAAUAUUCAGCAGGCUACCGAGGAUAACCAUUCGAUUUCAGAAAGUCACUCACAGCAGCCAUCUUUGACAUUGAACGAAAAAGAAGACCAUCCAGCCUCUGAAAAGUCCACCCACGAUGCGCCAGAGGAAGACGAGGAAGACGAACCUGUAGGCACACCGAUGGAUUAUACGGUGACAGAUAAACAGGAUGAAGAUGGUGAUGAAACAAUGACCGAAGCUGAAGUCAAUCAUCAAGACCACCCCAUGUCUUCCCAGCCGCCCGAUAAAAACGAUCAUGUGUAUCUCUCAAAAUCGUCGUCCUCAUCGUCUGCAGGAGAAAAUCAACAUGCAUCCACCUCUUCACCCACCUCUGAGAAAAAUGCAUAAAAAAACAUUGAGUGGCUAUAUCAGAUUAUUACUACUUUAUAACGUUCUUGUUUCCCUUUGUAGUUCCUUUUUCUGCUUAUAUCUAUUUAUUACAUCUUUUCCCCCCUCUCCUGUCCUUUGCCCCACCUUAGUUUUCUUCAAAUUUUUCCUUUUGUGUCGUUGUUUUCCUGUUGUAACUUUUUUCUUUUCUGUCUGUUCGUAUUUCUUAUUCUUAUUAUUAGUUCCGUAGUCGUGUGUACCAGUUUUGUAUUCAUAUCAUUUUAUUCUUCUUUCUGUUU